GUUAUAAAAAGCUACACGCACUUGAAUCUUUGUCAAGCAAUGAUCAUACAGAAAAACAAAAAGAAAAUGACGCAGAGCUAGAACGAGAAACAGUCGAUACUUCGAUAAACAAUCCAUAUGACAGCAGUGAUG